AUGCUAGGAGAAGGAGAAAUUGUUGAUGAGAAAUAUACGCUUGGAAGAAGGGUCGGCAAAGGAGCAUAUUCGUACUGAUAUCUUGCAAAACAACUCCUAGAGGACGGAAAGACCCCGGAUGAUCGACAGGAGGUUGUUUUGAAGAUCAAUAGCAAGCAAGAGUUUUCUUUUGUAGAUGAAUUUAAUGUAUCCUCGGAGCUUAGUUCCUUUCCUCAGCUGUUGCAUUACAAACAGUUUGGCACCUUCACGCAUGAGAGCGAGGAGAGGAAGUUCGAAUACAUGGUUACUGACUUCAUGCCCAAUGGGACUCUCUUUGAUUAUGUCUCAAAUAAUGGGUUUGAUGAAGACUGUGCACGCUUUCUUUUCAAACAUAUUUUGAAAGGGAUCGAGUCAAUGCAUGAUAGCGGAUAUGCCCAUCUUGACCUCAAAUUGGGAAACAUACUUCUUGACAUGCAUUACCAGCCCAAAAUCUGCGACUAUGGCUUCUCUCAAAGAGUAAGCAAGGAGGACUUUUUGCCUAGCAAGGAAUUUGAAUGUUUUGGAACCAAAAAUUAUAUUUCCCCUGAAAUAUUCACCGACGAGGUUUUCAAUUGUUUCAGAGCAGAUAUUUUUGCACUUGGAGUUGCAUUCUUUAUCCUAAUGGUUGGAGAUUACCCAUUUUCAAAGGCUACAAAAUCAGAUUCCAAGUAUCAGCACAUGUUCAAAAAGGAUCCCUUCGUUUUUUGGAGAAAACAUGCUAGAGCCAAAAAGAAAAGAAAUAAGGGGCUGAUAUCUGAUGAACUUGUCGAUCUCCUUACAAUGAUGAUGAUACCAGACCAAGAAAAGAGAAUCACGGUAGAUCAAAUAAAAGACCAUCCAUGGUAUCAAGAACCUUCCAUGGAGAUAUCAAAAGUAAAAGAGUACAUGAAAUCCCAACUUUCUCUUAAAACCAAGAGAUAG